AUGGUAUCGUCUUUGCUCAUGUCGAAGCUCACCGCCAACAGCCCUAGGUUAACGUCGAACUCAUUGCACCGCUCGAAAAUGUUGCCCGCUUUUACUCUGUAUGGCGCUCGUGGCUCGACCAACACGGACCGUGUCCGCCUGACCCUCGCCGAAGGUGGCUUCACGGAUUACGAACUCGUGCUUGUCAAUCUGCAAAAAGGAGAACAAAAGUCCGAAGAGAACAUGAAACUUCACCCAUGGGGUAAAAUACCCGUCGUCACUUUCCCCGACGGCUUCACCCUCUACGAGAGUCGCGCCAUCUGCAAAUACCUAGCGAAAAAGUAUUCGUUCCCACUUCUACCCCCAGAUUCCGACGCCGAAGCCGCAGCGCUGUUUGACCAGGCGCAGUCGGUAGAAAUGCUCUACUUCGCCGACCCUGCGGGCAGAAUCGCAUUUGAGAAAUUCGCCAAGAAGUUCAUGGGCCUGCUGCCUGAUGAGGCCAUCGUCUCAGGAGCACUACGGUCGGUCGAGGCAUUCUUUGACGUGGCAGAACGUGUCUUAAAACGCAGAGACUACAUGGCGGGAAAGGACUUCACCCUGGUGGAUAUCUACUAUAUCCCGCUCGUCCAGAGACUUUUCGCCUGCGAAUAUGCAGACGUCAUACUUAGUCGCAAGGCCGUGAGUGCUUGGUGGGACCGCGUCAUCGAUAGGCCAGCCAUACAGAAGUUGUUGGCCGCAGAUAAGGAGGCUGCAGCUGUCGCACGUGGGUAG